AUGCUCGAUAUGGAGCUGAGCUUAGACUCGUCGGAACUGCAGCCGCUGGGGGAGUACGACUUUGAGAGGAACUUCAACGAGCGGGAAGCUAGAGAAUGGAUGCGAGAGAACUGGCACAAGUCUGUAUUUUUUUCUGUGGCUUAUCUGAUACUGGUCUUUGGAAUCCAGCGUUUCAUGAAAAAACGGAGAGGCUACCAGCUGCGUAUACCACUGAUCCUGUGGUCCUUCAGUUUGGGCUUGUUCAGUGCCAUUGGGGCUUUUCGAAUCUGGAAGCAAAUGGCCUUGAUCCUGUCUACCAAGGGACUUAAGCAAUCAGUGUGUAGUCAAUCCUUCUACGUCCACCCUGUCUCCAAGCUUUGGAUUUAUUUAUUUGUGUUGAGUAAACUCCUGGAACCAGGUGAUACCAUGUUCAUUGUUCUCCGGAAAAAGAAGCUUAUCUUCCUCAACUGGUACCACCACUCUACCACACCGAUAGUCACCUGGUAUGGCUAUAAGGAGAUGGUGGCUGGCGCUGGCUGGCCUGCAGCCUUGAACUUCAGUAUCCAUGCUAUCAUGUACUUGUACUACACUGUGCGAGCUGCCGGCUUCCAGGUACCCCACACCAUUGCCAUGGCAAUCACCAUUUCACAGGUGCUGCAGAUGCUUGCAUAUGUAAUAAUGAACAUCUUGAUCAUCUUCUGGAUGGAUGAUAAGGUCUGCCACACAACCUGGACAAUUGUUUUCUUUACAUCUGUGCUGUAUGUCAGUUUCCUAGUGCUCUUCUGCAACUACUUCUUUCAGACUUAUCUGAGGAGCACCCAGAAAUCAAAGAAGGAAUAA